UCAAUGUAUAUAAUAAAAUUCGCCUCUCUAAUUGUUUUGCAGCGGCUGAGAGAGAAAAAUGGCAACACCUCAAGUGAAGACUGGUCUGUUCGUUGGUUUGAACAAAGGUCACGUCGUCACCAGACGCGAAUUGGCUCCUCGUCCCAACUCUCGCAAAGGGAAAACGAGCAAGAGGACAUUGUUCAUCAGAUCACUGAUCAGGGAGGUUGCUGGAUUUGCUCCUUACGAGAAGAGAAUCACUGAGCUUCUCAAGGUUGGCAAAGACAAGAGGGCUCUUAAGGUCGCUAAGAGGAAGUUGGGUACCCACAAGAGAGCCAAGCGAAAGAGAGAGGAGAUGUCUAGCGUUCUCCGUAAGAUGAGGUCUGGUGGUGACAAGAAGUAAAAGCAUCUCAAGUCUUCUUCUAUGUUAUUGGAAGCUUUGUUAUUUUUAUUACUCUUUUUGUUCGCUCUUGCAAAUCUGCUUUAGUCUCAAAAGACUUUUGUGUUUUGUUAGAAAUAUGGAUUAGUGUUUGCUUCACUCUUUUUCUAUUAAGCUUUUUAAAACUUGCUACGUU